UAGCAUUCCAGGUUAUUAAAAAUAAACAGAAUUUUUAAAAUAUUUACAAACUGAUGAAAAAAUAAACAAAUUCGUAAAAAUAAUGAAUACACGAGAGAAAACUUGGGUUAACUCUAUGUUUUCCCAAUUAUCACAUCUGGAAAACAACAAUUCACCAAAACCAAAAAAAUCGAAAGACGUUAUUCCAAAGCCCACCGGAACUACAAAGAAACAAUCCACUACGGCACCAGUCGACGAUAUAAUUGAUUUGGAUGAUUUAGAAGACUGCAGCAAUGAAGCAUCCACAUUUCUGGAGCGAACAACAAAGACUGACGUACAAAUCUCCAAUGAAAAUUGGAUUGAUGUCUUUGCUCCAGUAACAAGUGACGAAUUGGCCGUACAUCCCAAAAAGCUACAAGAAGUACAACAGUGGUUUAAACAUUGCGCUGUCAUGAAGCGCAAAAAACCGUCUCAGCUUUGUUUGCUUACUGGACCUUCGGGUAGUGGAAAGACAGCCGCUAUACGAAUCUUAGCCAAAGAAAACAAAAUCAAUAUACAAGAAUGGAUAAAUCCUGUUGAUCAGGAGAUGAUCUAUAAUUUGGGCGAUCAAGUUUAUGGACAGUCAUAUGUUAGUUCACAAGUAGAAGCUUUUAAAAAUUUCCUUUUUAAAGCAUCGCGAUAUCGUUCAUUGUUGGAGACAAUUGCCACAGAUAAACGCUUACUAAUGGUGGAAGAUUUUCCCAACUUUCUGCUAAGAGAUCCUACAGUAUUUCAGGAGAUAUUAGAAGAAUAUGUCAACUAUGCCAAAUCACCUUUAAUCUUUAUAGUAACCGAUGCUAAAACUCGAGGUCUUAAUAUCAGUUAUAACCUCUUCACCGAUCAAAUAAAACAGAAGUUCCUUAUUAAUCACAUUAGUUUUAAUGCUGCAGCAUCGACUAUAAUGCAAAAGGCUAUGAAACGAUUUUGCACUCUAAUGCGUUCACCACCACACUGCGAAAUUUACAAAUCACCAUCACCAGAUAUAAUUGACUCGAUAAUUAUAUCGGCCCAGGGAGACAUAAGAAAUGCAUUAAUAAAUCUGCAUUUCUCAUCUUUGAAAGGAGCACCAUGUUUAUUAACCAAACGUGUUGCAAUGGUAGAAGAAUCAAAAACUUUAAGAAAGAGAAAAGGUCAGAGAGCACUAAAAUCUGUCGGACGUGAUGAAUCGGUAACAAUGAUGCAUGCUUUGGGCAGGGUAUUUAAUCCAAAGUUUACCGAGGCCAAACGUUUUUUACAUUCACCCGAAGAAUUGACAGAGGCUUUUAUUACGGAACCAAAAAAAUUUAUCGAUUUAGUACAAGCAAAUUAUGUACUCCAUUUUCGCGAUAUCGAAUAUGUCUUGGAAGCGGCCAAUGGUUUAAGUCUUUGUGAUAUUAUGCUCAACGAUUAUAGAGAUGAUUCUUUAGUAUUGACCGGUUUAAAUGUUGGCAUCCGCAGUGUCAUGGUGUCCAAUACAAAUCCCACCACUGGCUGGAUGCCCAUCAAAGGACAAAAGCGAUUAGAUCCCAAUACAGCCAAAAUACCAUCCAGGGCUUCGAAAGUUUUGCCUGAACAUCAUAAUAUUUCCUCCAGUCUGUAUGCCUUGGACUAUAAAACCUUUGUUAAUGUAAUAUCACCUUAAAAAGCCUAGAGCCUUAAUUAAAAAAAAUCAGUUUUAUACAUA